UCAUUCAAAAUGUCAAAAUCAUCAAGUUGUACGAGUUUAAACAGACUCAACGAAGUCAAAGCUAUUUUGAGAUCAUUAUUAAUUUCAGAAGGGCGUAAUGACAUUAGUGUAAAUGAAUUAAAUGCCAUGUACAGUAGGAUGGAAGGCAGAGAUAUUCCAUUUAGAGAAUUUAAUUAUCCAAAUUUAUUGGAAUUUUUAAAUAGUAUGUCCGACACUUUGAGACUUAAAUCUAAUCCAGAUAAUACUCUAUGCGUUUAUCAUGUUAAUACUGAAAAAUCUGUACAUAUUAGCUCUUUAGUCGCUAGGCAAAAGAAAUCUGUGAAGACAAAAAAGUACAAUCAGAACCAUAAGCAAAGAAAUUUUCCUAACUAUUAUAAUAUCUUAAAUCAAGUUCUUCAAGAAUUUCAAUGUUCCUUUAAUACCGUAGAAAUAAAUCAUAAGAUACAAAAAUCUGAAAUUCUCUAUAAAGUGAGAAAACGUCUUAAUGAUAAAUAUGCAAGGUUAUACAGUAUGAAUAAUUUAAAUUCCGACCUAUAUAAGUUUUCAGAUCUGAUAAGUAUCGAACAUAAUUAUAUUUAUUUUAAAGUGCAAUUAGAACAAUAUAAAACAAAUAUCUCACCAUUAAAUGAUAUAGCUAAUAAAAAUCUAGCAUUUGAUAAUGGUAGUUUAAGUAUAGAAGAAUCUAAGGAAAGUAUUUAUCCACUUUUAAAGGAUGAAAAGAAAGUGCGAUCGGCAGAGAUUAAUUCAUCAAACAAUAUUAUUCCAGAAAGGUUAAAAAUGCAAUUACAAGAUUUAAUAGACAAACAUUUGGAUGGAAUUUGGUGUUCGGAAUUACCAAGCAUAUAUAAAUUUGAAUAUAAUACCGAUUUAGACUAUAAUAAUCUUGGAUUUCACAGUAUAACUAAUUUUAUUGCUGCUUUACCAGAAAUCUUUCAUAUUGUAAAUUUAUCACACGAUAAAAAACAAUUAGUAGUUAGCGCAAAAACAAUUUCUAAUGAUCGUAAUAGUAAAGGGAAUUACAAAGCGAAGACAAUGAAUUUCAUUUAUAAUGUCAAUAAUAAUACUGCGAGUGAUCUUGAAUCAGUUCCUAAUAGAUUGUCAAUUGGAGAAUCUAAAAAAUUGCUUCCUGACGACGUUAUGAAUCUUGGUGAUAGAGUAAAUAAUAUACUCGUUACGUCGUUGGUUAAUCAAGAAUAUAUUGAAAUUGUUAUUUCAGAAAUAUUUACUCCCUCUUUCUUCUGGAUAGUACUUUUGAAAAAUAGAAAUAAACUUAAUAAGCUCAUGAUUGCAUUAAAUGACUUUUACAACGGACAAGAUCUACCUUCUUAUAAAGUACCACAAAAUAUGUUAAAGCAAGGACUUAAUAUUGCCUGCAUUUAUGAUAAAGUGUGGCACAGAGGUAUAAUCGAAGAGAUUAAGCCAAAUGAUCUUAUCGUGAUUUUAUUUUAUGAUUAUGGAACUGUACAAACUUAUAGUCCAAACGAAUUGUAUUUUUUAAAUAAACAAUUUUGUACUUUACCGGCACAAGCAAUAGCUUGUGGUUUAUAUAGUAUUAAACCAAUUGGAAGUAAUGUGUGGACCAAUUUAUCUGUUAAUAAGUUUAUCAAUAAAGUGUGGAAUAUACCUUUGAUUGCUAAAAUUUCUACCAUAAACGAAGAAAAGAAUACCAUGAUGAUAACGUUAACGGACACAAGCGACGAUUUGGUUGACAUACAUAUAAGUGAUUGGAUGGUAGUAAAUAAAUUAGCAGAGUGGGAUAAAACGGCAACUAAUUUUCCAGAACAUAAAAUACAUAAAAGCAAUGAAGUCGUGUUGCCAGAAAAACAAGGAAAAUUGAAAGAACCAAUGGUAAAGAAAGAAAAUGCGAAUGAUAAAAGUACUUCUUUAAAUUAUGAUAAUACCACGGGAUUGCCUAGUAAAGAAGUCAAUUCUAUCGAUGAUUAUGAAUAUGAUAUAGUAAAUAUUGCUGAAUCGAUAGAAGACAAAGGAUGCCUGACAAAUCAGAUCAAUAUCUUGGCAGAAAAACUUAUAAAUAUAACUUCGGGAAAGAGCGAUAGUGUGUAUGGUAAUGAUGUUGAAAACGAAGAAAAAGAGAAUUGCAGCACUCAAAAUCUAUUAAAUUUAAAGUUUGUCGUAGAGAAUCAUGACAACUUUGAUACUGAUGUAAAUGAAAAUUAUAAUGAUAUUAAAACAAAUUUUUCUGAAGUGGAUAGUACUCGCAAUGAGAAUAAUUUUCUUAAUCAAGGCAUUAAGAAUUACUUGAAUUGUCAUAUACCUAAACCGGGUCUGUAUAGUUAUUCAUCAAAUUGCAAUGUUAAACUAGAAACACAUAAUGUCAACCAUGAAAAUGAAUGUGCACUCUUAAAAGAAUAUAUAAAUACGCAUUGUCAAUUACAAGGAAAUACUAGUAUGGAGCAGGAGCAAGAACUAAAAUUCAGAUGUAUGAAUUACGAUAGAUUGCACGUCGAGCAUAAAUUUGAAAUAAAUAUAAAUAAUAAUUUUUCAGAACAAAAUUGUAGUAGUUCUAGCAAUUCUAGCAAAUCUAAAUCUAUAUAUACAUGUGUUAAUAAUGAUAAUUAUGAAAGCAUGAAAAGCUGUUGUAAUAUUAAUGAACCCAAUUUAGGUUGCAAAGACACGAAUGACAAUUAUAUUGCAAAAUCUCUCUCAUCAGAAACUCGUAGUAAUUUAGCAUUGGUCAAUAUUAAUCAUAUACAUACAAAUCUUAUGUAUACUGUAAUAAAUCUUAGUGAAAGAUGCCAAAAGAAAAAAAUUCAUAUGUUUUACCUAAAUGAUGAGGGAUGGAUAUGUGCGAGCCAAUUUGUAGAUGCCUUUACUAAUUUAAAACAUGAAAAACUUAUGUUUAAGUUACUUAAAAUUUUACAAUGCGAUGUAAACUUUAAAUUCUUAACCAGAGAAACUGACAGCGAACUUUUUUUACAAUUGGAUAAAAGUACACUUGAAGUACCGCGUGAAAACAAUAAAAUAAUUGAUAAUUUUAUUUUAACGCUCGUACAUCUAAAAGAUAUGUUACACAUUUUGGUGAAACUUGAUCUUUUAAAUACAAAAAUACUGAAAAUGGCACUUCCUUUAAUGACACAAUAUAACAAAGAUAUCGAAAGUUUCCUGUACGAAAAAUAUAAUAAUAAAAUAUUGUUCGAUGUUUUAAAUUUAUUUGUUCAAUACAGAAAAUUUAAAAGCUUACAAAGAUUGACAGAUUCCUAAUUUCGAUACAAAUAUUUUUUAUGAAAUGAUAAUCUAUCAAUGUU